GUCAUUCGAACAUAACUUUCUAUUUUUUCAGCAUUCUUGUUUCAUGCAACUUCGGAAAACCUCGAGGACAGGAAUAGUGCCGUGUAUGUGGUGCUCAAUUUCGAUAUAAAAAAAAAGGAUUAUUGCUUUCAGAGAGUUAAACGGAACUCAUGAAGUAUGACGGAUGACCGACUCCUUUUAACCCAAGAUGCCAAUACAACCUCGACCUAUCCUUUUGACGUAGAUGCUGAGUGUACAGAAAUCCAUACCCUCAACGCUAGUGUGCAAUGUAUGUUUGCUAUGACAGCAGAGGACUGCGUAGAAAUUAUAGAAUACCUGGAUUAUAACUACUAUGUAUUCUGUAGUUUUGGUUUUAAACGAAUAGCGCCCAUUACAACUAUACUUGUAAUAUGGCUUUUAAUGUUAUUUAUUGCCUUAGGAGUAACAUCAAAUUAUUUUUUAUGUCCAGCACUAUUCACCAUUUCAAAUCAUUUAGGCUUAUCUCAAAAUGUUGCCGGAGUGACGUUACUUGCUUUCGGUAAUGGUUCCCCAGACAUCUUUUCUUCUGUAGCUGGCCUGCAGAAAGCCUCAGCGGAACUCGCCAUUGCCAGUCUUGUUGGAGCUGGAAUCUUCGUGACGUCAGUGGUAGCUGGUUCCGUGUUUUUAACUCAAUCGUUUAGUCUCAUGAUUCGUCCAUUUUUGAGAGACAUUGGAUUUUACAUUUUAGCCUUCGGGAUAUUUUUUACUGGUACAUCAUACCUUUAUCAUGGAAUAGGAUUCGUCGCACUGUAUUUCGUGUAUAUCAUUGUUGUUCUUGGAAGUCGCUUCAUUUAUCUCAACACACAGAAACAUAAAGAACAUGAAACUGAAAAGGAGGAGACCGAAAAGGAAAAGAAAGGAGAAAAAUCCGGAGAAAAUGCAGAUGGUAAAGAUGAUUUAGAAAAAAACACUGAUGAUAGCACAUUGAAAAUAAAUGGGAAAAAGAAUGAUGAUGAUCCAGAAGCCACAGCAGUUGUUCUGAAAGCUUUCUAUUUCGGUGGUUUUGAAUGGCUAGAUGGAGGACGUCGCCUCUCUACAGCCCACAUACGUGUAGAUGGCCGCCGGACAUCUGUAACAAAAUCAAAUGUCUUUAGCAUUGAAACCAAUGGUGGCAGUACCUGUGGAAGCUGUCAGUCGAUCCAAAGCAAAGGUAUGUCAUCUACAGAGAAGCUUACGUCUACAUUUCCCGAAGAUCGAGGCGAGUUUUGGGACUUCCUAGUCAAAAUGUGCCCAAUCAACACAAAGAAAUGGCCACAUUUAAAAUGGUGGAAGAAACUUGUAGCUCUUGUGAAGAGUCCUGCAAUUCUAAUAAUGAGAUUAACAGUUCCCGUACUUGACACCAGUGUUGAUGAUCUAAACUGGAACCGUUUCCUUAUAUGUACGCAAUGCAUAACGGGACCUGUGUUCAUUAGCCUUGUCAGUGAAUAUGCAUUCUACCUGAUCGGCGGAGUGUUUCCAGUUUUCAUUCUGCUAAUCAGCGUAUGCAUUUGUUGCGCCGUUUUAGUAUAUUGCACAUCUGAAAGAGACAUACCUCCCAGCUACCACUGGUUAUUCGCAUAUUUAGGAUUUGCUGUUUCAGUCACUUGGAUAUACUGCCUGGCUAACGAGAUAGUUGCCCUGUUGCAGGUCUUCGGGGUAAUAUUUAACCUCAGUGAUGCCAUCCUUGGUUUGACGAUUCUUGCAUGGGGAAAUUCUCUUUCAGAUUUCCUAUCAAAUAUAGCUGUGGCAAGAAAAGAAUUUCCCCGUAUGGCAAUAUCAGCAUGCUUUGGUGGUCCGUUAUUAGCUUUAUUAUUAGGCUUAGGAAUACCAUGUAUCAUAGAAAUAGUAAAAGGGCGAGUUCCUCCCAAAUACUCCCUUACAUUUUCAGCCCAGUUCGCAUUUUUAUUCGCUACAAUUGGCACAGGAUUAAUAACAACAGCAUCGCUGAUGAUUUUCUGGAAAUUUGAGACGAAAAAAAUAUAUGGAGUCUUUUUAAUCUUGCUUUAUGCUGCAUUUGUGACAGUUUCCAUACUUGAAGAACUGAAAAUAUUUACCUUAAUACUGUAACUACAGUGAAUUUUGGAAGAGAAAAACAGAACUGUUCUAUUGGUGUCAACUCCUUUUGAAAGAACUGGUCAAAGAGCUGAAGCCAUAUGUCAAAGUGCAAUAAUUUGUAACAAUAGGGUGAAUCUAAUUUUCAUCAAAAUCGCGUGUUAUUUAGUUCACUAAAAUAAUAAGAGCCAAAACUAACAUGGCGAGAAGCAUUUGAAAGGAUUAAUUCUACAUGAAUUGUGAAAGUAUGCAAUAAUAACAGGACAGAAACGACAUGAAACUUUUCUAUAAUAAUGAAUGCUACAAAAACAUAUAUAUAAUGCAAUAUUUUUCAAAAGCAAGUGAUGUUUUUAGUUCAACUCUUUAAAACUUCCCCGAGUUUAUGCAUCAUAUUUGACUAAAAAGCAUUUUAGAGUUUUUGAAAGCAGAACAAUGUGAAUGGUACUUCCGAAUAUUGUUUCUAUUUACUCUAGAAAACUGACAGGAAAAAGCAGCAAUCAGAGCAAAUUUUCUCACUAGAAGUACACAGAACUCUUACUAAUUUUUACCAGUUUUCUCACUAAUAGUUUACAUACUUAAGAAUAAACAAAUAUAUGUGAAUUUUAGCAAAAUUAUAUGUGACAAACUGUGAUUUAGUUCUUAAUACAAAAUAUUUAAUAAAAAAGACCAGCACUGUCUGUUUUCCGAAAAGCUGA